UUCUUUUUAUUAUCUCAAAAAGACUCCAUAUCCAUCUACACACUAUAAAAAUGUCUGUUCUCGAACAACUCAAGAAGUUCACUACCAUUGUUGCUGACUCUGGUGACUUUGAAUCUAUUGCUCAAUACAAGCCUCAAGAUGCUACCACCAACCCUUCAUUGAUCUUGGCUGCUGCUCAAAAGCCUCAAUAUGCUCAUCUUAUUGAAGAUGCCAUCAAAUAUGCCAAGGAAAAGGGAAAAUCGGAUGAUGAAAAGCUUCGUUUGGCUAAUGACAAACUUUUGGUCAACUUUGGUACCGAAAUUUUAAAGAUCGUUCCCGGUCGUGUUUCCACCGAGGUUGAUGCUCGUCUCUCCUUCGAUACCGAUGCCACCGUCUCCAAGGCUCUCGCUCUCAUCAAGCUUUAUGAAGAAAAUGGCGUUGACAAGGAACGCGUCCUGAUCAAGAUCGCUUCUACUUGGGAAGGCAUUCAAGCCGCUCAUGUUCUCGAGACCAAACACGGUAUCCAUUGUAACUUGACCUUGUUGUUCGGUUUUGCUCAAGCCGUUGCUUGUGCCGAAGCUGGUGUCACUCUCAUUUCUCCUUUCGUCGGUCGUAUUCUCGACUGGUACAAGAAAACUACUGGCGAAGAUUACACUGCUGCCAACGAUCCCGGUGUUUCAUCCGUUACCAAAAUCUACAACUACUACAAGAAGUACGGUUAUAAGACCAUUGUCAUGGGUGCUUCUUUCCGUAACACCGGUGAAAUUGAAGAAUUGGCUGGCUGUGAUUUCUUGACCAUUUCUCCUGCCCUUUUGGCCAAGUUGCAAGAAGAUAACAAGAACAUUGAACGCAAGUUGAGUCCUGAUAAUGCAAAGACAUGCGACCUCGAAAAGGUCACUUUCUUCAAGGACGAAAAGGCUUUCCGUUGGGAAAUGAACCAAGAUGCUAUGGCUACUGAAAAGUUGUCUGAAGGCAUCCGUAACUUUGCUAAAGAUGGUGUUAAGCUUGAAGACUUAUUGAAGGAAAAGCUUUCUUUGUAAAUAUAUAUAUAUAAAAAUUGAAUCAUUUUCACUAUAUCCCGAUCACAACUGUAUGUUUGUAAAAUCAGAGCAUGGAAAGUAGUUUAUGUUAGCAUUAAUUAAAAUAAAAAACAAUAUGUGUUGUUUUUGUUACAGAGA